AUGUAUGUCGAUUCGGUUCCUCUUCGAGCCCUGCCUUCUGGACUGAAGUCGGUGUCUUGUGCUCACUGCCUGCUCUACAUCCUUCAAGUCCAAUGCCUUCCUUCACCGAAAGGCUGUCACUUACAACAUCUACCGGCUCUCAUCACAUUGCUGAAUACAAUUUCACCGUCUACAACUGUGGUGCUUUCAAAACCUGCUCUUCGUGUAGUUCCUCUGGGACAUUUUGCGAAUGGUGUCCAAAGUCGCGUAAAUGCAUGUCAAAUGGAAAAUGGAAAAGCAGAUGAGUGUGUGCACAUCAAAGAACUUUCUCGAAUCGCAAUCCCAUUGGGGGGCGCACAGGAGAUCUCAUUCUCAGUGGCGCAUAUAGACCGAUUACCUAAAGAUCGUGAAUACGCAUGCAGGAUAAUGCUAAAUGGGAAUCCUAUUUCCACUCUAGCUGUGCUUUCUCAGGAUACCGUGAAAUGCGCAGCAGCGCGGCUCUCCUAUCCGAAUCCAUUGCCAAAUGUGACAGUUCCUCUAGAACUCGUACAAGGUGACGAAGUCAUCGACAGUACCGAAGUAUCCAUUUACUCGUGCUCUCUUCUGGCAGCUGACUGUUCUUCUUGCGUCUACAUCUCGUCUACAUGGAGCUGUUCAUGGUGCAGUGGCCGUUGCUCUCACGAAUGUACACAGCCAGCUCAAGAAGUUGUCUGUGAUCGUCCGUUAAUCACAUCGUUCUCACCAAGUAGUGGACCGACAGAAGGAGGGACGGAGAUCACAAUUCACGGCAGGGACUUGGGCUCGUCGAUUGAGGAUGUAAGAGACCGUGUGAUCGUAGCUGGAAGUCGCUGCAGUGUGAUUAGCUACGAGAUUUCGAAAAAGAUCGUCUGUCGCGUUGAAAAGGGCUCAUCGUCUGGACCUAUUCGCAUAACUGUAGGAAAGACGAGUUCAAGAGUGGCUGAGUCGGUGAUGCUGUAUUCAUUCGUGGAGGUUUCGGUGUUUUCCGUAUAUCCACUAUUUGCUCCGGUCUCAGGAGGAACAAAGGUUACCUUAUAUGGACAGAAUCUCGAUGCUGGCUCGAAUGUGACUGUGAAAAUUGGAGAUGCUGCAUGUGAAAACAUUGUGCGAAACUCAACUUCUUCGUUGACCUGCAUCGUCACGAGGGCUUCUUCUCCAACAAAAACUGCCAAAGUCAAUGUAGCAAUCGAUGCAGCUCGUCUGAAAGUUCCGAGCACAUUUGACUUCCGGCCAGAUCCAUCAAUAACAACUGUAUUUCCUCUAAUCAGUUUCAAGUCCGGAGGAAGAGCAGUUACUGUUGAGGGUACAAACUUCGACGCAAUCCUUUCGGCGCGGAUGUUCUUUGUUUCCUCUACAGCACCGCCAUUCGAGGUCGUUUCCAAGCUCUCUUCAUGCCAGAUCCAAAAUGCAACUAUCAUGUUCUGCUUAACCCCUGAACUUCUGCCUGGACCUCACGCAAGAACUGCUUAUGCUAGGUAGGU